AUGAAGUCUAGAGCAUGUAGCCCUGCAUCUGACCUCAACGGAUGCUUACAAGACGAGAAUCAGUCACUUUCAACGCUUGGCCAUAGAACCCUGUCAUCUAGUAAAAUCAUCAACUGGUGGAGAUAUGCAACUGUUACAGGUGCGUUUAAUAGUGCGUGUGCAACUGUGACAGAAGCACUAAGGCCACAAGACAAGCCACAAGCACACUACAAAGGAACAAUACCUGAGGCUAAACGAUCCUCCAGCUCCUUUGGAUUUCAUAGCCCGACGUGGGGGUCCCCAGCAGUUAAACAUUGCAUUGAACAGCGCACACGCAAGCUCCUGGAUGUAAAAAUACCGCAUAUGGGACACGCACAGGCCAGUAACUCCGCCGCAGGAGGGCGCACUCAGAGUAGUUUUGAAGUGUGGGCCAGCGCCUCAAAUGUCUGGGACAGCGUCAGAAGGGUGUUGCGGAGCUCGUCUGUGGCUCCAAAACAGAGGAGCAGUCACUGA